ACCAUUUAUAGAUUAACCUUGAAGUUCACGCAGUAACAUUACAGAAUUUAAGAUGAGAAUGCUGCCACCUGCUGGAUACAUCUGGAAAUCCAAGAUGACACUAAAUCGCAGGGGUGCGCCUGCGUACGUUAUGACGUCUACCGUUUCCGGAAGUCGAUCGGUCACUCCCGUGGUCCAGAGUAAAAAACGAUAGCGCAAACAAAUAUACCGUAUUUCUGUAAUUGUAACAUCACAAAUGUCAGGGGGGACACGUUUAGAGAACGCAAAUCCCUUGAUUUUUCAACGAACAGGCGAGAGACUUCAGACCGCAAAUGACGAGGACGAAGAUGUUGCUGAUCCCAUCGACGACAGAGAAAUAUUUGAUCUCAUCAGAUCCAUUAAUGAUCCUGAACACCCACUGUCCCUCGAGGAGUUGAAUGUCGUGGAACAAGUGCGAGUGCGCGUAGAUGACCAAGAGAACACGGUGGGUGUGGAGUUCACCCCCACUAUACCCCACUGCAGCAUGGCAACUCUCAUAGGCCUGUCCAUCAAAGUCAAGCUGCUGCGGUCCCUACCAGAAAGGUUUAAGAUUGAUGUGCACAUCACUCCUGGGACGCAUGCCUCAGAAGAUGCAGUCAACAAACAGCUGGCAGACAAAGAGAGAGUGGCCGCUGCACUCGAGAACUCCCAGCUUCUGGAGGUGGUCAACCAGUGUCUGAUAUCCAAUGCAAGGACAGGCUGACUGUCCAGGAGUAGGCUUAAUGUUUCUCUCCUGAUAUGCUAACUGGACUGGUUGUUCUGUUUAUGUUCAGUAAAUGGUAAAUGUAUCA